GUAGGGCCGAUCACUGACGCGAAUAACGACUUCAAGUGUCAUGUACCCAUUUACAGACCAGUCUACAGGAUGACUUUGCCUGAUGGAUCAACGACUUUUGGGGACGCUUAUUUCGAUCGGCGCAGUAGAAGCAUCCCACUGGGUUAUCAUCAAGGGCGCGCUCAUUACGCGCGAGACACAUGGGCGGAUGGCGAUUCAUUUGCUCUCACGCUAAUCGCCGUUUCGCGCUGCGGUAAAUACAACCUAUUAGAUCCCACUUCGAAGAGCGAAAUUUUCAAUGACAUUAUUUACAAAGACACACCAAGAGCAGGGCCUGUCUGGUCUAAUCCUCACAUCAUGCCAUUAAAUCCGUCCUCAGUGACCUCCUCACUUCGAACACGAUUUGCGUCUUUCGCGAAGAAACUCUCUAGGUCAUCCAAUUCCACCCCGGUGGGAGUCUUGGAGGUCAUACGAAAGGCUAUGGACAGCAUCAGAAACGAAUCACAAGUGGUUGACAAGAAAGGUUCGAUAGUCUGGGCUGGGGCAUCACACGUACCAUCCGAGUACAUACCCGGAACCCACGAGUACAAACGGUCUAUUAUGAUGACGACGAGGAACGAGUCUGGACAAGAAGUUCCCCAUCCUUACGAUGCAUCGACAGCAAAAUAUCGAAAUAAUUCUAGCGGAUCGUUGACCGGGGGAGGACUUAAGUCUAAGUCCUCAUCGCACCGGUCUGCUAGAAAUCCGCCUCCGCCUCCUCCGCCUCCUCGCUCUGCCAGCCAGAAAGCCCAAAAUAGUGGUGGUCCAUUGCCAAGAAUCAAUAUCAACGCCUACACUUACCCCCAAUUCAAAUCCACACAAGCAAAAGUCAAACCACCUCCGCCAUCGCCCAAGCCCAAAUCAACGCCGAAGUCAUCGCCAAAAUCUCUCCAGGUUGAAGAUUAUGCCAGAGAUCCCAGUCCCACCGAGCUAGUGCCUGAUUUUCAGGGUCAUUACUUGCGACUUGGCAUCAGGCACCCGAGAGGCAGGUAUCUGGUCGCUGAUUUGGCCGCUCAAGUCGAUCUAGAGAUCAAGUCUCUCAGGCUUGACCUCGCCCUCAAACAUCACACGGAUCUCGGUGGAAAGGGAGACAAACUGGCGGUUAUCAAUGCGGCAUACGAGAACAUCAGGGACUUGACGGCGAGACAAAGAUACCACGCGACGCAAUUUACAGACACACGGUAGCUUGGGUGGUUACAGACGGUCCUGACGGACGAGGAAAUGAUGGACACACAGUCUUGAGUGCAAAUGUGCGCAUCCUGCGUGACUCAGACAACGAUGUCAUGACCGCUACGGCGCCGUCGCCCAGACAGUCUCGAGA